UGACUACCAACACUGGGUUAUGUUCAAUCCUGCAUCUCCUGGCAAGGCUACACUUCUUUUGAUUGGUUCACUAGCAGCAAACUAUGUCAUAACACCUCCUACACGUCGACCUCCCAUAGAUGAGCGCCUCAAGCCGUCUGGUUUAGAGCUGGCUUCACCAAAGUUCCAUGUUGUCUUCAAGACUGUUAUGUGGUCCAUAACCACGUGUGAAACCUUGACAAUCCUCGCCAUCCAAUAUCCCUCUCUCCCGCGCUCCAAUGACAUCCUCACGCAUCUUGUACGCUCGGAUGACCCCUCCACAUUCAACGUCCCUCAGCCGAGCCCUCAUUUCCUCUUUGGAACUGCCCUCAUCCUCACUGGCGCGUUCAUUCGGGUUUACUGCAUACGAACUUUAGGGCGGUUCUUCACCUUCGAGCUGAGCCUCCGCAAGGACCACCAUCUCCUUACCUCAGGCCCGUACGGCCUCGUUCGCCACCCGAGCUACACUGGUAUCAUCCUCGUUGUUUCUGGCCUCCUGCUUUGCCACUUCAACCCACAGUCGUGGCUCGUCGCAUGCUCGGGACUCUUCCCCGUGAAGCGGCAGCUCGUGUCGAGGGCGCUAGCGGCCAUCUCGACGGGCAUCGUCUCGAUGAUGACGUAUGGACUGACAAAGAGGAUGCAGAAGGAGGAUAGGAUGCUCGAGCAGCGGUUUGGCGAGGAAUGGAGAACAUGGGCGCGAAAGGUGCCGUAUCGCUUAAUACCUGGCAUAUACUGA